CAAACUCUCUUCGCAUCAAUUAACUCGUAAGUGCUUAAAACUAUUGACUUUCGUCUCUAAAAGUAUAAUAAAUUCGGUCGAAGGAAAAAUAAAGAAAAUAACUGUAGUCGAUUAAGAGAACAAGCAAAAACAGACGAUAGUAACACCAGAACACAGACUACUAUAAAAUUUGAUUUUGGAUUAAUGCAAAAUAGCAAUUACAAUGUCUGACGAAGACUCGUUCGUUAUUUUGGACACUUUGUCGCUCGACAGUAAAGGUGAUGACAACUCAUCCAUAGACAAUUUACAGCAAUCAUUGACUACCGCAGAUGGUGUGGGCGCUUCAUCAAUUAAACCCAAAAAAAAUUCUAAAAGUUGCUUAAGCGGAGAAUUUAAAAACGUAAGCGAAACGCAACAAAGAAGAAAUGCCGAAAGAGGAGAUGUAGAACCGCAAAUGGCUGAAGCGAGAUUAGUGAAAGAUAGCAAAUUAUGGCAGAGAUUUCGAACUUCUACAGAAAGUGAAAUAGAUUCUGAGAAUUCCAUAAAAAAAGGAAUAACAAGUUUCGCUCAGCAUAUACCUUUUAUGCUUACUCCUGACGUAAGUGAAGAAUCAUUGUUAAAAACAAGCAAACUUUCAAAGCAGCUUGGAAAGGACAACAAUAAGCAAGAAACCAGUACUUUUUGCAAAAUUACAACAGACAAUGAAUCCCCUUUACAAAGCUGGUUAACUGUAAGCCAUCCUAAUGUCGAUAUAGGGAAUUCAUCAAUCGCACGUAACAAAAUUCCAAAAGAUCUGGACCAUAGAUCAAUAGCGGAAGGAAUUGCAAACGAAAGCGACUCACAGCAAAGAAACACUGCCCAAAAAAUAUGCACACAAUCGAGUAUACAACCGGAAGUGGCUGAAGUGAUCUCUUUAAGAGAUAGUAAAUUAUGGCAAAGAACCACGAUUUCUACAACAAGUGAAAAAGAUUUUAAUAGUUCUAUAAAAGCCAAUAAAAAUUCUUGCGCUCAGAACAACUCUCGUAUACUUACUCCUCAUUCAGUUCAAGAAUCGUUGUCAAAUAAAAGCAAAAUGUCGAACGAGCUCGAAAAACAGGACACCUAUGAAGAAACGAGUACUUCUAAAAACGCUACAUCGUGUGUGAUCGAAUCUAAACAAAGCAAUGAAUCGCCUUUGCAAAAUUGGUUGACUGUGGACCACUCUACUACUGGAAAAAUUAUAAAAGAGUCUUUACUAAUAAGUGCUUCAGCUGUUAAUACCGCAGAAAACGUAAGAAAAGAAAAAUCUUUAGAAACCUCUCCUAGCAAUUCAGGCUCUUCAGGCAAUUCAGGCCCUUCGAGUGCCGUAACAGAUCGGUCCAGUAAUAGCAAUUUAGCUGCCAGCUUCAUUUUAGGAGAAAUUAAUGUCGACGUUUUAAAGACUAGCGUUUAUUCACAAUUUCCCAGCAUAUCAAUGCAGGCAUCUGCCGAGGAUAUCGUAAAACUACAAAAUCUAUUAACCGAACAUACACAAUUACAGACUACAUUGACAAAGUUUACUAACACAUUACAACAAUAUCAUCGCAGUACCUUACAAUUCAAAGAGGAAAGGCAAAAAAAUGAAAAACGAUACAGCGAACAAUUGCAAGAAUGUCAAAAACAGAUUCAACAGCUGCAAGAUGAGAACACUCGUUUAAAUAAGGAUAUUGGAACUCAAUUAGAUCAAAUAAAGGCAUUGGAUAUUGUUCGUCAAAAGGACCGUGAGGAAAUGAUACAGAGUAUAUCAGAGAAAUCAGCUUUAAUUGAAAACAUGCGAGCUCAAAUUGAAAAAUUGGAACAAUCACAGCUGGCCUCUUUUGAUGUUUUGCCGGCGUCAUUAUUAAAAACGGGAAAAUCGUCAAGUGACGAAAUUUAUAUAAGACGAGAAGAACAUCAAAAAGUUGUUAAAAAUUUAGAAACACAAUUAUCGGAAUUAUUGGCUAAAAAUUUAGAUUUUAAAGAUAUGGAAAAACAAUACAUUGAUGAGCUAAAUUGUUUAAAAGUUAAUUUAGCCGCUGCUGAAGAGUUAAUUAGGCAGUCACGCGCUGAAAUACAUGAAUUGAAAACUUCAAACUUAGAUAAGCAACACAGGAUAGAGGAUUUGAAUCAACGCAUUACUUUAUUAGAGCAAAGCAAUCAAGUGCAUCGUCAUGACUUUGAAAUCGAAAGACAAUCGCGUGAAAAGGCUGUGGGAGAAAAGCAACAAAUGCUAAAAGAUUUGCGAAUAUUACAAAAACGUAAUCAAAAAUUAAUCGAAGAACGGCAAAAUCAAAUUGACAAUUAUGAAAAAUUUCUCGGCAAUUCUAUGAGUAGUAGCAGUUACAAUAAUCCGAUACAAUGUUUAGUGCCUUCACCGACCGAUCAGGCUGUAGCAUUACCAAUUGAAAAAGCUCCCCAAAGUUAUCGUUGCCCAGUUUGUGAUAAGGCUUUUAAAACUUUAAUGAUAUUACACAGUCAUGUUAAUGAUUGCAUUGAUAAGAAUUAACUUUGAUUGGCCCUUUGAUUCCCACUUACAUACAUACUUAUACCUAUAUAGAAAAAUAUAUAAAACACCAAUCAAUAUAUGAAUAUAUUUGAUAUCUUAUUUGGCAAGACUCUAUAUUUGCUAAUUAAUGGUUUUUUUCAUGACAAUUAUUUGAGAUUUUUAACAUAACGAGGGAAUUUCUUCAGGCUUAUAUGGUUUUUAGUCUACACCUUUCUUCUCUAUCCGUCUGUUCGCUCUAUCUAUUCCUUCACAUUUUCUUUAUUUAGUGCCUUUUUUGUUCAAU